CUGUCCUGCGCCCUCGGCCGGCGGAGCCAUGCUGCGCUGCCUGCUGAUCGGAGCCUCCAGCCUCCCCAACCUGGAGAAGCGGGACAAGCAGAGCGACCCGGUGGCCAGCCUGACUUUCCGAGGUGUGAAGAAGAGAACCAAAGUGAUCAAGAACAACGUGAACCCUGUGUGGAAUGAGGGGUUUGACUGGGAUCUGAAAGGAAUUCCCUUAGACCAGAAUGCCGAGCUCACUGUUGUCGUCAAAGACCAUGAGACUGUUGGAAGAAACAGGUUUUUGGGGGAAGCCCGAGUGCCCCUGCAGGACGUCCUGGGCAAUCCCACCCUGACUGCCAGUUUUAACGCCCCCCUGCUGGACACCAAGAGGCAGAGCACUGGGGUUUUUGGGGGAAGCCCGAGUGCCCCUGCAGGACGUCCUGGGCAAUCCCACCCUGACUGCCAGCUUCCUCACCUGCAGGUUUCCUACAUUCCUCCACCGGGGCCGCUCCUCUUUCCGCCGCCCUACCCCCGGAGCACACCAUCCACGCUGAGUGACCCACCGUCACGUUCCCAAUUCGCCGUGUCCUCCCCAACUGAGCUGUCGCCCCCAUGCCUUCCAGAUACAGCCGGGGAGGAAGAUACCGAAGACCAAAUAGUGACAGGGGAUGAGACGGAGCCUUCCACAGGGCCCUCUGGGUCGGAGCAGCCCACGCUCCCCCGGAAACCUCCUUCACACCACGUCCAUGGGAUCAAGAGGAAGAAAAGCGCCCCAAAAAAGCUGCUGUCCAACAAACCUCAGGACUUUCAGAUCAGGGUGCGAGUCAUAGAGGGCAGGCAGCUUCCUGGUGUCAACAUCAAAUCUGUGGUGAAAGUCACAGUUGCCGGACAGACGAAAAGAACUAGGAUCCGCAAAGGGAAUGGCCCGUUCUUCGAUGAGAUCUUUUUCUUCAAUGUCUUUGAAUCUCCGGCCGAGCUGUUUGAUGAGCCCAUAUUCAUCAUGGUUGUUGAUUCCCGGUCUCUCCGGACAGACUCUGUGAUUGGAGAAUUUCGGCUGGAUGUCGGGACAGUUUAUGCAGAACCAAAGCACGCCUUGCUCAGGAAGUGGCUGCUCCUUUCUGACUCCGAAGAUUUUUCUGCUGGGGCCAAAGGUUACGUGAAAGUCAGCCUGUUUGUGUUGGGACCCGGUGAUGAAGCUCCUCUGGAGAAGAAAGAAGUGGCUGAAGAGAAGGAAGAUAUUGAGGGGAAUCUUCUGCGCCCAACUGGGGUCACGCUGAGAGGGGCUCACUUCUGCCUGAAAAUUUACAGAGCUGAAGACUUGCCCCAGAUGGACGAUGCCAUCAUGGACAAUGUCAAGCAGAUCUUCGGCUUUGAGAGCAACAAGAAGAACCUGGUCGAUCCGUUUGUGGAAGUCAGCUUUGCCGGCAGAACGAUCAGCUCUAAGAUCCUGGAGAAGAACGCCAACCCCCAGUGGAACCAGCGCAUCACUGUGCCGGCCAUGUUUCCUUCCAUGUGUGAGAAAAUGAGGAUCCGGGUCAUGGAUUGGGACCGUGUCACUCACAACGAUGUCAUUGGCACGACCCACCUGCGCUUGUCUCAAAUCUCCGCCCCAGGAGGAGAACUGGAAGAUGAGUUUCCUGUUCUUGUGAAGCCCCUGAAAGCUACAGCCAUGGACGAUGGGCUGGGAUUCCUGCCGACGUUUGGGCCCUGUUAUGUAAACCUUUACGGCAGCCCGAGGGAAUUUACUGGGUUUCCAGAUCCCUAUGAGGAACUCAACAUGGGAAAGGGAGAGGGAGUGGCCUUUCGCGGCAGGUUGCUGAUGGAGCUGGAGACAAAACUAGUGGAACAUAUUGAGCAGAAGUUGGAGGACAUCCCGCCUGAUGAUAUUCUACGGGUAGAGAAGCACCUGCGGCGGCGCAAGUACUGCCUCUUCGCCGCCUUCUACUCAGCCAGCAUGCUGCAGGAUGUCGACGCCGCCAUCCAGUUCGAAGUCAGCAUCGGCAACUAUGGCAACAAGUUUGACAACACGUGCCUGCCGCUGGCCUCCACCACGCAGUACAGCGGGGCUGUGUUUGACGGUUGCCAAUAUUACUACCUCCCCUGGGGCAAUGUGAAGCCCGUGGUGGUGCUGUCAUCCUACUGGGAGGAUAUCAGCCACCGAACGGACAUGCAGAACCUUCUCCAACGCACUGCAGACAGGCUGGAAGCAGGCUUGGAGCUGGUCCACCUUGCGCUCAAGGCCAGGUGCUCAUCAAAUGACUUGGAUUCAUUGGUUUCCCGGUUGAUUGAUGACAUCAUCGUGGACUGCAGCCAGCCGCUAGUCGAUGUCAGCAACAAGACAGCCAGCACCCAUCUGGAUCAGUACAUGUACAAAUUCCGCAGCACCAACCUGCACCAGAUUAUCCAGGCAGCUCUGAACCUGAAGCAUGAGGAUUCUGACCUCCAGACGGUGCUGGACCAGGCUGAGGACUGGCUUUUGAGACUAAAAGCCAUGGCAGAGGAGCCCCAGAACAGCCUGCCAGACAUAGUGAUCUGGAUGCUUCGAGGAGACAAGCGCGUGGCUUAUGCCCGGGUGCCAGCCCAUGAAGUUCUUUUCUCCAGGACCAGCGCCAACUGCUGUGGCAAGAACUGUGGGAAACUUCAGACGAUAUUUUUGAAAUACCCACAGGAAGAGGCGAUGGGCCCCAGGGUCCCAGCCCAGGUACGAGUUCAACUCUGGUUUGGGCUGGCUGUAGACGAGAAGGAGUUUAACAAGUAUGCGGAAGGGAAGCUCUCCGUCUUUGCAGAAACCUAUGAGAACCAGGUAAAGCUGGCGCUGGUUGGGAACUGGGGGACGACUGGCUUGACCUAUCCCAAAUACAGCGAUGUGACCGGCAAAAUCAAACUGCCGAAGGACAGUUUCCGUCCCUCCAUUGGCUGGACGUGGGCCGGGGACUGGUUCAUCAGCCCGGAGAAGACGUUACUUUACGACACGGACGCCGGUCACAUGAGCUUUGUAGAGGAAGUGUUUGAGAAUCAAGUCCGGCUUCCUGGGGGCCAAUGGAUCCACAUGGCUGAUGCCUACACGGAUGUGAACGGGGAGAAAGUGCUUCCUAAGGAAGAGAUCGAGUGUCCCCCAGGAUGGAAAUGGGAAGAUGUGGAAUGGGACACGGAUCUCAACCGAGCGGUUGAUGAGAGAGGCUGGGAGUACGGCAUUGCUAUCCCACCAGACCGCAAGCCCAAGGCCUGGGUGCCAGCAGAGAAGAUGUACCACACUAGCCGCCGGCGGCGGUGGGUGCGGCUCCGCAGGAGGGACCUUAAGCAGAUGGAGGCUCUGAAAAAGCACAAGCAGGAGGAGUUGGAAGGUGAGGGCUGGGAAUACGCCUCUCUCUUUGGCUGGAAGUUCCAUCUCAACUACCGCAAGACGGACACCUUCCGCCGCCGUCGCUGGAGGCGCCGCAUGGAGCCACUGGAGCGCACUGGAGCGGCCGCUGUCUUUGCCCUAGAGGGCGCUUUGGGAGGCGUGACAGACGACAAGAGCGAUGAUGGCAAAUCGGUUUCAACCUUGAGCUUCGGCGUCAACAGACCCACCAUCUCCUGCCUAUUUGAUUAUGGAAGCAGAUACCACCUGCGUUGCUACAUAUACCAAGCUCGGGAUCUGAUUGCCAUGGACAAGGACAGUUUUUCGGAUCCAUACGCCAUCGUCUCCUUCCUCCACCAAAGCCAGAAGACAGCGGUGGUGAAGAACACCUUGAAUCCUCUCUGGGACCAGACUCUCAUCUUCUACGAGAUUGAGAUCUUUGGGGAUCCCCAGAACGUUGCUGACGUCCCCCCCAACAUCGUUGUGGAGAUUUAUGACCAUGACACCUAUGGUGCGGAUGAGUUCAUGGGCCGCUGCAUUUGCAAACCCAGCUUGGAGCGCUCCCCGAGACUGUCCUGGCACCCUGUCGCUAGAGGGAACAGAAAGGCAGGAGAGCUGCUCGCCGCCUUCGAACUGAUUCAGAGAGAGAAGAGCGAGCUGUCCGCCAGUCUGGAUGAGCUGGGCACACCUGCCUUCUUCUACGAAGGGCUCCUGCAAUGGUCUGCAGACUCGGACCUGCCCUACCCUCCGCCCCAGCGGGAGCCCAAUAUUUACAUGGUCCCCCAAGGGAUCAAACCGGUGCUCCAGCGCACCGCCAUCGAGAUCUUGGCCUGGGGGCUGAGGAACCUGAAGAGCUAUCAGCUGGCCAGCGUCACCUCCCCCAGCCUCCAGGUGGAGUGCGGAGGCCAGACAGUCCAGUCCUGCAUCAUCAAGAACAUCAGGAAGAACCCCAACUUUGACAUCUGCGUGCUCUUCAUGGAAGUGCGCCUACCCAAGGAAGCUCUGUACUGCCCUCCUGUCAUCAUCAAAGUCAUCGACAACAGACAGUUUGGCCGAAAGCCUGUGGUUGGCCAGUGCACCAUCCAGUCCCUUGAGGAGUUCUACUGUGACCCGUACAAAGAGGAGACCGACACCCCCGAGGAACAGCCAGAGGAGGUGAGCCUCGCCCCCAGAGACGACGUCCUCAUUGAUAUUGACGACAAGGAGCCUCUCAUUCCUGUCCAGGAGGAAGAGUUCAUCGACUGGUGGAGCAAGUUCUACGCUUCGACAGGGGAAAGAGAGAAAUGCGGCAGCUACUUAGAGAAGGGCUUUGACACACUGAAGGUCUACGAGACGGAGCUGGAGAAUAUGGAGGAAUUUGAGGGGCUCUCCGACUUCUGCCACACCUUCAAGCUCUACCGCGGCAGAACGCAGGACAUUAAUGAAGAUCCCUCAGUGGUGGGGGAAUUCAAGGGCUCGUUCAAAAUGUACCCCCUCCCAGAUGACCCAAGAGUGCCGGUCCCACCACGCCAGUUCCAUCAGCUCCCAGCCAAAGGACCCCAGGAGUGUCUCAUCAGGAUCUACAUCAUCCGUGCCUUCGACUUGCAACCCAAGGACUCCAAUGGAAAGUGUGACCCCUACAUGAAGAUUUCGGUGGGAAAGAAAUCCAUAAAUGACCAGGACAAUUACAUCCCAUGCACGCUGGAGCCUGUCUUCGGAAAGAUGUUUGAACUGACCUGCACCCUGCCUUUGGAGAAGGACCUGAAGGUUUCUCUCUACGACUACGACCUCUUGUCGAAGGAUGAGAAGAUUGGCGAGACCGUCAUAGACCUGGAGAACCGGUUCCUGUCCAAAUUCGGGGCCCGGUGUGGCCUGCCCCAGACCUACUGCACUUCUGGACCCAACCAGUGGCGAGACCAGCUCCGACCUUCCCAACUGCUCCAUCUCUUCUCCCUGCAACGCAACUGCAAAGCUCCCAUCUACAAGCCAGACCGGGUCGUGUUCAGGGAGCAGGAGUACGUCCUCUCUGAGUUCGAGGAUGGCAAGCCCCCCAACCCACACCUGGGAGCGCCGGAAGAACGGCUCGCCCUGUACGCGCUGCGGAAGCAGGGCCUGGUGCCUGAGCAUGUGGAGACGAGGCCUCUCUACAGCCCACUGCAUCCUGAAAUUGAGCAGGGAAAGCUACAGAUGUGGGUAGACUUGUUUCCAAAGUCUCUGGGUCUGCCUGGACCUCCAUUCAACAUCACACCGCGCAGAGCAAAGAGGUUCUUCUUGCGCUGCAUUAUCUGGAACACCAAAGAUGUGAUCCUAGAUGACCUCAGCAUCACUGGAGAGAAGAUGAGUGACAUCUACGUGAAAGGCUGGAUGAUUGGCCACGAGGAGAACAAACAGAAGACCGACGUGCAUUACCGGUCUAUGGGAGGCGAAGGGAAUUUCAACUGGAGAUUUGUCUUCCCUUUUGACUACCUUCCUGCUGAGCAAGUCUGUCACAUUGCUAAAAAGGAGCACUUCUGGAGCUUGGACAAGACGGACAAUAAGGUCCCACCCCAGCUUAUCCUCCAGAUCUGGGACAAUGACAAAUUCUCUUUUGAUGACUACUUGGGUUCUGUUCAGAUGAACCUCAACCGGAUGCCAGCACCCGCCAAGACAGCUGAGAAGUGCUCCUUAAACCUCCUGGAUGAGACCUUGUCCUCUGACCGAUUUGUGUCGCUCUUUGAGCAGAAAGCUGUCAAGGGCUGGUGGCCCUGUGUUGUGGAGGCAGAAGAGAAGAAGACCAUAGCAGGUAAGUUGGAAAUGACCUUGGAGAUUGUGACAGAGCAGGAGCAGGAAGAAAGGCCGGCAGGGAUGGGCCGCGAUGAGCCAAACAUGAACCCGAAGCUGGAGGACCCCAAGCGCCCGGAAACCUCCUUCCUGUGGUUCACCUCCCCCUACAAAACCAUGAAGUAUAUCCUGUGGCGGCGCUUCAAGUGGGUCUUUCUCAUCGCCAUCAUGGUCUUCAUCCUGCUGCUCUUCAUUGGGAUUUUCAUCUACGCCUUCCCGAACUACGCUGCUAUGAAACUGGUCAAACCUUUCAGCUGAACCAGCACUGGCGCAUGCCAGAGCAUCUAGUACAUCCUGGGAUACUGCACGGCACCGUUUGACAUCAGUGACCACUCCCCGUCAGCCUGCGUUGCAGUACAGAGACGGAAAAGAAACAUACGCUCUUGGAUGCUAGACUGUUGCCAAAAAGCAGCUAUAACUUUGCAAUGAUGACGUAUGCACCAUAACCUUUCAGAAGCAGCGUGUAACCGAUACCACUUUGGAAUAUUUGUUAUUUUACCCUUGUUUUAUAUGCUGCAUUCUGUAAAGCUUGAAUAUCAAUGCACCGCUGAGAAAAGGCCUUGUUUGGUAGGGCACAGUUAGACUGCGAGGCUUUGCGGAGACAGUGUAGAUGACUGGUCAUGCAGUCCUUAGCAAAGGAAAUGUGGUCCACAUAAUGGCCUACAAGACAAGUGCUCUUGAGUUCCAGUCACACCUUUCUCCGUGGCCUUGCAUAAGUCUCUCUGCCUUAGUUUCGCCCUCUGUGCAAUGUAGAUGAAUUAGCUCGUAUAUAAAGCAUAUCGAAGAUGAAAAGCGUUGUGUAGUGUAAGGUGAGUUACAAUGCACCUGUUGCUCCUGCUGAGGUCACUGAGUGUGAUCUUUGCCUACAUAGGGACUGCAGGAGCAGACUGUGAAGAAGAAUAGGAUUCGAAUUUAGAAUAACCAAAUGCAAGGCAGGAUUUGAUUGUAAUUUCUGGAACAAACCUCCCUCACCCUUCAGCAGGGGUUCUGCUUUCAGAAGGGCUACAAGGAUUUCUUUCUAUAGCACUCUUCAUUUUCAUACGCAUCCCCUAACCAGAUACUCUCCUCAUCACAGUAUGCAGACACGUUAAAGGGAAACAGAGUGAAUUCAUACUGAAGGAAUAAGCACAUGAGCCAGACAAUGCAAUGUUAGUUUCCCGUUCCCUCUCCUCCCCUGAAGAAACAUGUCACUCCAAAUGCAAUGUUAAAUUAAAUGAUGGCAACACUAAUGAAAUAUACAACAUUACAAUCAGUUUAAUGUCCCUCAACUGCUAAAUUAGGAUUUGGUGAUAAAAGGCAAUAAUUUAAAACACACUCACUAUCUGACCUGUGGAACUCACUGCCACAUGAUAUUAUUGAGGGACAUAGCCUAAUGCGCUUUUUUUUUCUUUUUUCUCUCUCUCUUUUUUAAAGAAUUGGGAGCCAAAUUCUGUGGUUCCUAAUCAGUCCAAAUUCCACUGAAGUAAGUGGCAGUUGUGCCCGAGUAAGGAUUGUAGUAUUUGGACAUGCAUAUUUCUCUGUAUGAGAGCAGCAUUUGCAUUUCCUUUUGUUGCCCAUCCUCAUACUUCAGGGCAAAAUAUGAUCACUAACUGGGCUCAGGAAUUAAUUUCCCCCCAGUAUAGCUAGCUGGAUUAAAAGGGUUUUAUGUCUUUUUCUAAAGCUUCUAGCCUUGGCCACUCUUGGAGGCAGUAUCCUAGACUAGAUGGACCUGGUCUAUUGAGGUUGUUGUCCUGUGUCCAUUGCCCCAGUAAGUGAGCGCUUUCCAAAAUAAGGACAUGAAAGGCAAAGACCAAUGUCCCUUUCUGAUAGGGUGACCAGACAGCAAGUGUGAAAAAUCGGGACGAGGGUUGGGAGUAAUAGGAGCCUAUAUAAGAAAAAGACCCAAAAAUCAGGACUGUCCCUAUAAAAAUUGGGACAUCUGGUCACUCUACUUUCUGAUAAGGUUAUUCCACUAUUCCUGUUGUCUGUGGGCUCAAUCCUAGCCCCACUGAAAUAAAUGGAAGCUUUCUCAUUGACUCCAGUGGGAUGAGAGUUUGGUCCAGUAGGUCGGUUUCAGUAAGUAUCUGAACCACUAUGUGUUUUGCACAGUGCGCAAUGAAAGGUGACCCUGUGGUCCCCAUCGAGCCCGGUGCUUAAGCCUAUGUUUAAAUGGAAGCCCCGAAGAAGUGCAUGAUUAAGUGCUUUGCUGGAUCGAGAGGAGAGGAAAUGAGCCCUAAAUCCUUUAUACGUUGUUAUUAAUUAUUGCGCUAGCACCAGAACAUGCCAGUCCCUUUGCAAUCGCAAGAGACAACAGCCCCUGCCCUGAAGAACAUACACAGCUCUGAAAAGAAAUCACCAGGCUGGCUCAGAUCAAGAAUCCAUCUAUCCCAAUAUCACCUCUUCAACAGUGGCCAGCCCCAACUGCUGCAAGCAACUCUGUCAAAGUCAGUGAUGGAGUAGCCUGCUGAUGGGGGAGUUUCGUCCUAACCAUGAGAAGGGCCAGACUGAGUCAGACCAAAGGUCCAUCUAGUCCAGUAUCCUGUCUACCGACAGAGUCCAAUGCCAGGUGCAGUUAUAUGGUUGCCAUUCCGGUCCCCAAACCGCCCCAGCCCCACUGACAGGCAUUUCAGGUCAGAAACUGCGUCCAUGUUUGUUUGUAGUCAUCAGACUGCUGCGAUUUAGUGGAAGCUGGGUUAAACUAGAGUCCAGGCUUUCCCCAUGAAGAAGGUUGGGCUAAGAAAGAGAAGUGUAUUGCCAAACCCCUGUGUUAUUUGCACCCAGUAUUUCAUGUCCUUUUCACAUCUGUGUUGGCGCCGUAUGUUUUGCAAAUGAACCUGUGCUGAUAUGGGUGUCUCAUUUAUUCCUUCCUCCAUACCCAGUCUGUGUCAACGUAUUGUGUUCUGUGCCUUCUGCUGGCUGCAGGAUCUUCUUACUCUGCACUGAUUGCAAAGAGGCACCAUCAAAGCUGCAGUUGGGAAUCAGGCAGAAAAUUCCACUUCCCUUUUCUUCUUGCAUCUGCUUGCAGAGUCCAUGAAAGUCUUUAUCCCAGCACAUUGCUAUAUAACCUCCAACCCUCUCAGAAAGAAAACCUCAGCGCCAGCAACCCAGCAAGGAUAAACCACCCUGCCAUAACAAACCAAUGCGUGCAGCCAGAUGCUUAUUAGCAACCCUAAACCAACAACCACGAUGUGCACCCAGCACUGACAAGCAACCCUACCAUAGCAAACCCACAUUUACAGCUCCACUCUCACAAGCUGUCUUGCACUGCUAAACAGCCCUGGUUUCUCCAGCACUUACAAACAAUCCUACCAUAAUAACCCAGGGUGGCUGUUCAGUGGAGGUGAAAGAACAUUAAUAAAGGGUACUGAUUUCAGAGUCCUGGGCAUCCAAAUAGAGCAUUACAUGGA